AUGGUGCAGGCCUGCUUAUCGGGAGGAUCAAUGCGAGGAAUUCCAGGACCGCCAGGACGGAAUGGACGGGAUGGAGAUGUGGGAGAGCGAGGAGAGCCGGGAGAUGAAGGACCAGUUGGAGACGAGGGUCCGCCGGGAGUGCCUGGACCUGCAGGUUCACCAGGAGAGGAUGGAGAUGUUGGACCACCUGGGGAAGCGGGAGAUCCAGGACCGAUAGGUCUCAGGGGGCAAAACAAUUUAGGAAGAUAA